UUAGAAGGCGGCUUUAGUCUACAUAAUCAAUGCAGAAUGGCGGAUGGUGAAAAUGUGUAUUACAGAGGAGAAGGGAUUUGUAAUCUUGUUCUUGCCACAGCAAAGGAGAAACAAGUUUAUCGUUUGAUGAAAGCUGGCAAAUACUCGGGCAAGCAGGGCUGCACCAAAGGUUGUCCUGCUCAGGAGAGAUCAAAAUGGAUUCAUCAGUCAUUAGAAGACAACGUAGAGUACAUUAAGAAUAUAAUGGUUCCCCUGCUGACUGAUGCAUUUGUGGUGAUCCCAAAAAUCCGUGAAAUACCCAGAGGGUUUACAGAGAGGAUUGAAGAAGAAAUCAAACACAUUAGAACAGCUCACAAGCGUGUUCAGGAGGAUGAUUUCCGAACUGUGGACCCUGCAACGUGUUCCGCACUGGUGCUUCCCGAUUUCUGUUACGUCACCAACCUGUCAACAAACACCUGUAUAUCUUCUACAGCGCCUGACGCAUUUCCCACCAUUAGUGUAGAAAUUAAGCCAAAGAAAGGCUUCAUCCCACUGUCUGCUCUGAGUACUGAGUCCUCUACACUGAAGACCGGAGUCUGUAAAUUCUGCAUGCAUCAGAGAUUAAAGGCCAAAGAGGGGCGAUGGACCAAGACCAGUCUCUAUUGUCCACUUGAUCUGUUCUCAGGGAAUCGUGCCAGAAUGAGACAUGCUCUACAUGGUUUGUGUGUAACUCCCCAGAACAACCUAAAAAUCUGUCAGAAUGGAAAAGAGGUAUACAGCGAGUUUUCUAAAGGUGACCUUGGUAAAAUUCUACAGCAGUUUUUCGGAGAUUCGGUGAAUGGGUUAAAGAAUGGAAUGAGAAAGCACAUGGAAGUGCAGACAUUUGUUGAUUUGAUCAUUGAUGCUUUACUGUAUGUGCCAAAAAAACUGGAAUCUCAUCGAUCUAGUCACGCGGUUCUGAGGACCAGUAAUCGACAAGCUACGGACUCGCCAAGUCUCUCCCGCAAAAAGUCUCCUAUUUAUACUCAGCAUUGUCAAAACAGUUCAUACAAGACAAACCAUGAUGCAAGCUCAGAGCCAAACAGUCUCCCCCAUUGUUGUGUCCUGGAGAGAGUCCUGCAUGUCCAGAUGCUGGACCAAAUGGACAUUGAGGAGAUCCACCCCCUGUAUGUUAGAGUGAAGGAGUAUAGAUCCACCCACCUAGAGGAAAGUGCUCAAUGGAAUCUGUACGGACCGUUUACUUCUGAGUCUUGGUUGACCCCAUGUUUAGAGGACCCACAGAGCCGUACAGACACAGAAAGUAUAGAAUACGCAGUCAGUCAGGUCAAGAGGCACAACAUCUCUAAGACUGCCCAGGACUGUUCUAUAAUGGUGGCCAUGCAGCAGAUCUCGCCGAACAUGAACAUUGAGAACGAGGACAUGGUGCUAACGGACAGUUGUGGCAGGAAAUACCAGUUCUCUGUGGUGAUCAUUGACCUUGACCCCAAACCCGUGGACAAGAUCAAAAAAUACCACCGCCAACAAUCAGACAUUGUACAAGCCUUCACUGAAGAUCUGCCUGAUGACACAGAAGAUGAUGCAGCCAUCGAUCAAUAGACAGGGGUCAGGAGGUCAAAGGGCAUAGGAUAUCAGGGUCAUUAGAAUAUGCAAAGUGGCGUUUACAAAAAAAAAUGGUUUAAAAUGAAAUAGAUGACUUAGAUCCAGCAUUAUAGAUGGUGUAUUUUAAUGAUGAAUUAAGAACUGUGUAUUUGUUUUCCUUUUUGAAAAUAUUUUUUGUUUUGAAUUUGUUUUGUUUGAUUUCCAUGGUAACCCUUCAAAAGGAUGGAAGUCUAGCAGAAAUCUAGUCAUCCCUUUGUUGAUUGUUAUUUUUGUUGUUUUCUCCAAGAAAAAAAAAUGUUCCCAGCUUUUUGUUGUAGAAAUGAUUAAAUUAUGAAUA